AGCACCGGCGAGCGCCCAGCCGGCGGUGCAGCGUCUCUGCUGGUCCGAGGGGGGCCCUGGCGGCGGGGGCAGAAGGGCUGGGGCCCGCGUCCUUCCUCCGGAGCCGCCCCGCCAGCUGGACGACCCCCAGUUGCCACACGGACUUCCGGCUUCUCCUUUCAGUAGACGAUUACGGGGCGCAGCGGCCUCCGGCGGCGCGCCCCUCUGGCCUCUCGGUCACAGCCUCCCAGGACCCCCGGCGGAGUGCCGCCCGCCGCCGACUCUCCUGUGGGCCGGAGCAAGACCGCCCGGCGCCGGACGAGAUGGGCAGCUCUCAAAAAAAGCACAAACAAUUGAAGGACGGAUACCAUGCCAUAUAUUAAAAGCAUGUCGAAAGGAAAAUAAGAAAGCCAGGAAUCUCAGUAUGAAUCCGUCUAGAUCUAGAUCGCAUGAUGGUAGUGAAGAAGCCUCAUCUCAAGACCAUAAUCAUCGUGAAGGUGAGAGAAGAUGGCAGCAAGAGCGUCUCCACAGAGAAGAAGCCUAUUAUCAGUUUAUUAAUGAACUCAAUGAUGAAGAUUAUAGGCUAAUGAGAGACCACAAUCUUUUAGGCACCCCUGGAGAAAUAACGUCAGAAGAACUACAACAGCGGUUAGAUGGAGUCAAGGAACAACUAGCAAAUCAGCCUGACUUGAGAAAUGGGACAAAUACCAGAGACUCAGAAGUCCCUAGAGAAAAUUCAAAUGAAGAUUCUCUGCUAGAAUGGUUGAACACCUUUCGACGCACAGGAAACGCAACUCGAAGUGGACAAAAUGGGAACCAAACUUGGAGAGCUGUGAGUCGAACAAACCCAAACAGUGGAGAGUUUCGGUUUAGUCUGGAAAUACACAUAAAUCAUGAGAAUAGAGGAAUUGAAAUUCAUGGUGAAGAUCAUACAGGCAUUCCACUCUCAGAUAUUAGCAGGGAUCAUACUACAAGUAGGCAACAAAGAUCGGCUAGUCCUGUGGCUAGGCGAACAAGAAGCCAAACCUCAGUGAAUUUCAGUGAUAGUAGUUCCAACAUCCCAAGGACUAGGCUUGGCUCAAGGGGGCAGAAUUCAGUAGAAGGAUCUUUCUCAACAUUAGGAAGAUUAAGAAAUGGAAUCGGGGGAGCAGUUGGCAUUACUAGAACUAGUGGUCCACACAAUUUCAGUGGUCACACAAACCAGUCAGGUGGUAGUGAACUCAGGCAAAGGGAGGGGCAACGGUUUGGAGCAGCACAUGUGUGGGAAAAUGGGGCUAGAACUAAUGUUACAGUGAGAAAUACAAACCAAAGAUUAGAGCCAAUAAGAUUACGGUCUACUUUCAGUAGUCGAAGCCGUUCACCAAUUCAGAGACAAAGUGGCACCACUGUUUAUCGUAAUUCACAGAGGGAAAGUAGACCUUUACAGCAAAACAUUAGAAGGUCUGUUAGGCGGAGAGGUAUAACGCGUGUCUUUUUAGAGCAAGAUAGGGAACGUAGAGGUACUGCCUAUGCUCCAUUCUCUAACUCAAGACUUGUGUCAAGAAUAACAGUAGAAGAAGGAGAAGAAUCCAGCAGAUCCUCAACUGCUGCACGACGACAUCCAACAAUCACACUGGACCUCCAAGUGAGAAGGAUUCGUCCUGGAGAAAACAGAGAUCGGGAUAGUAUUGCAAGCAGAACUCGAUCUAGGGUAGGGCUAGCAGAAAAUACAGUCACUAUUGAAAGCAAUAGUGGGGGCUUUCGCCGAACUAUCUCUCGUUUAGAGCGAUCGGGUAUUCAAACCUAUGUUAGUACUAUCACAGUUCCUCUUCGUAGGAUUUCUGAGAAUGAGCUUGUUGAACCGUCAUCAGUGGCUCUUCGGUCAAUUUUAAGGCAGAUCAUGACUGGUUUUGGAGAAUUGAGUUCUUUAAUGGAGGCUGAAUCUGAGUCAGAGAUUCAGAGACAUGGUCAGCAUUUUCCAGAGAGGCACUCAGGUCUGAGUAACAUAGGUGCAGUUAAUGACAUCAGCCAGCACAGUGAAGGUACCUCUCAAAACAGGCGGGCACAAGAAGACAGCACUGCAAUGCAUGGUGAAAAUGAGACUACCCAGCCUCCUGCCCGAAACAGUGAUACUAGAGGUGGCAGGCAGUUGCGAAAUUCAAAUAACUUAGUUGAAACUGGAACACUACCUAUCCUUCGCCUUGCUCAUUUCUUUUUACUAAAUGAAGGUGAUGAUGAUGAUCACAUACGUGGUUUAACCAAAGAGCAGAUUGACAAUCUUUCCACCCGGAACUAUGAGCAUAACAGUAUUGAUAGUGAACUAGGUAAAAUCUGUAGUGUUUGUAUCAGUGACUAUGUAACUGGAAACAAGCUCAGGCAAUUACCUUGCAUGCAUGAAUUUCACAUUCAUUGUAUUGACCGAUGGCUCUCAGAGAAUUGCACUUGCCCCAUCUGUCGGCAGCCUGUUUUAGGGUCCAGCAUAGCAAACAAUGGGUGAGGUGUUGGGUCUAUUCAAAUAUUACACUUUAGUAGAGCUGAGUAUUUAAGCGCUCUUUUGUUGAAUUAUUUGUGAUGAGCUUAACCAGGAUGAAAAAGAACAGAUUAUUAUAGUUUGAACUAUUUUUUGUGUGCUUUUUUAACUUGGUAAAAAGAAAAUUUAUAUAAAACUUAAAAUGGCAAAUGUUAAAUUACCCACAAGUACAGAAUAGUUAAUAUUGCUAGAACCAAAUAAUCUUUAAAAUGUUUUUAUUUUGGUAAUUUUGUCAUGCUAAGCACUUUUGUAUCUGCACAAGUCAGUCGGUUAAAAAUAAAUCUUCCUUUUCUUAAUAGCACAGCAGACUUUACUUGGACUUUCAUGUUCCAUAGGCUUAGUACCAUGUCCAGACAUCGGUGUUUAAAUAAGCCUUUCACUUUUUGUUCUAAGGACAAUAUCUUUUCACGAAAGAGUGUUUUGCUGAAUGUUUGCUAAAUAUAUUUAAGUUACUUGAAAUGUUAAAUUUAAUAUGCCACAUACCAUAUAUGUAUAUAUAGAUAUAUAAUUUUAAGGUUAAAAUAUUCAAUCUAAAAAACUACCAGUUUGGUUCUUAUUUAAGUUUUUGGGUUAUUACUGCAUAUGGCACAAUGUUUAACAUUUACAGGAUCAUCUCUGGGAGGAAGUAGAUUAAGAUAUUUAAAAAUAGAGAUAAUUUACUGAAGCGUCUCUGACAAUCUUACUAGACAGCAAGCAAUAUGUAAUACUGAACAAGUAUUUCUUUACUCAGAAACGGAACGUGGACAUUUUAGUACAUAUAGAUUAUUUAACUUGAGUUCAGCCUUUUUGUGAAUUUUUUGAACGUGCAGACAAUUCUUUGGAUUAUAUUAAGUAAGGUAUACAAUAUGCAUGGUUUCUUAAAUUUACUUUUAAAAUCUAAAAAAAAAAUGUCUAUGAAGAAUCUCAAAUGCAUAGAUAAUAUGUUAAGUUCUCUUGGAGGUGAAAAAACUCCAAAUAACACAAAACAAAAAACCCUUAAGAGAAUGUAGAAUUUAUAUAAACACAAAAAGUAUGCAUUGAAGAUCUAUUUCUACCAAUAAAUAUUAAAACAAA